AUGAGGCAAGUGAACUUUCUAAACCGCUGCACUCGGCUCCUGUUGUGUCUCAUUAUGACGGUGACCCAGGUCUGCGGGAUCACGUGGUUCUACUACAACCCCUCGAAAGGGCGCUUUCGAAUAUCCACGACCCUGAAAUUAUACUCAUACUUCAUAAUUCUCUGCAAAUCGAGUUUUUGGUUUCUAAUAUUGGUUCUAAGUUUGAAAGAUUUUUUUCACGGCCAGACUACGCAGAACAUGUUCUUCAUACCAAUUGUAUUUUUAUCGUGGUGGAACAUAAUCGUCUUGGAUUGUGGAGGGAUGGUGCGACAAAUGAACAAAAUACUUGCCGUGCAAUAUAAAUUGUCGGCACUGGCAAGGAACCCGAAUGUGUUCCGGCUAAGAGACCUCAUGUUCCUAAUCUUUGCCAUUCAAAACGUAAUUCGAUCCCUUUGUCUACAAGGAAGUGAGAUAAGAUUUUUAAAGGAAGAAAAAGUACUUAUGAUCAUGAUCCUCGGGAUAUCCCUGACUUAUCAGCUUCAGGUGACCAUCAAUAUAUGCCUAUAUGUGGUGCUGAUCGCUUUUUAUAAUCAACUGCAUCGGUGCACGAAGAGGAUAUCGAAUGAUGUUGUAACUCUGAGAAACUCCCAAGUGCUGGAAAUCGGUCAAAUUUUGACUCUCGUGGAACAACUUAAGAAAUCUACUGAAGGAGUAAUUCAACUAAGGCUGAAGCUGAUUGAAAUCACCACGAAGUUGAUGAAAAUUUUUGAAUUCCAUUGGCUAUGUUUGCUGAUUUAUGGGUUUCUACAUUUCGCAGCAUUCGUAGACGUACACCAGAACAAAUACUACACCCUUGCAAUUUGUACUUUGUAUUUAACGUACAACUUUACAGUGCUGAAGGUCCUGACCUUUGAAUCGCGGACCUCCAGAAGUUUCUCCCAUUUUCACUUGACCAACUACCACCAUGGAUUCGACGCAACGAUUGAGGACUUGCAACUUCUGGAUGUAUGGAAGCCUAUUAGGAUAUCCUUCUAUGGCAUUGAUCUGGACAUGAAACUUCUUUUGAAACUUUUGUCCCUCGCAGGCUUUGCACUUUUUUUCACGAUUCAAAGCUUCGCCCAUCGACAUCUCAAAAAUACUCUUAUCUGA